GUGUGCGUAAGCCAGCAAGGACAGACACUGUCUACUGCAAUGGGGCAGACAUAGACAGACAGCCUGAUGACUCUAGAAGCAGGAACCAGGGACAGGCAGGGAGACUCACUGACCUUCGCUCUCUCAAGGGCAGGACCGAGAGACAGAGAGAGAUGCCAGUCCUCUGAGAUGAAGGACAGGACUCCUUCAGGGAAAGGGGAAAAGAAACGCACACACACAAAAGGCUAUAAUUCAGAUGUUAUUAAUUCAUCGGUGGCUGUGCCCUGCUGCAGCUUUUUGGGGGUGGUCACCUUUCUCGCUGAGUGCAACACCAUUAUUUCAUGUAGGGGGGGGUGACCUACUAAAGCCUACUGUUUCAGUGCAACCUCUUUAGGCUGCUGUUGAAGUCGAGCCAUAGUCAAACAAACAAGUCCCUUAUGACAAUUCCUGCGAGAAGGUCGGUGAAACACCCCAAACCGCACACAGCUACCAUGAGAAAGGACCUGUGUUGUCAUUGGGUCAUAUAGUUUUGGCAAGCGAUGCAGUGAUGUGCAGAUUUCAGCCUUUCAUCGAUCACAAAGGCGUAUUUUUAGGACAGAGGAGACUGAUUUCACCCAGCUGCCUGUCGUUGGCUCCCGAUGACUCACUGUGCUGUUUGUCUCUGUGUUUUAUAACAAUAAGCAAACGUGGGGCUGUAACCUGCUCUAGUGGUGCUGGGUGCUGAAUUGUGGCGGUGGACUGGGGAAUGUGCUGAAUAGUAUAGAAUGUGUAUCCUCACAGAGGUCACGCAUGGCCAGCAUGCUCUAUGCACCAUACGGGCUGACACUGGCUAAUGUCUUGUCUGCUUUCUCUUUAAGACACAUGCACACACACACACACACACACACAGGAUACCACACAGUCGUAGACACGCAUGCAAUACACGCACGCACACAACCCGGGAGUAAUGAGGAAAGCCCCCAGAGUUGUGUCCUACAUGAAGCGUUGAGAAAAAGAAAAAAAAGAAACUUUAAAAAAAAUUAGCCUUUAAGCAACGCGUGCCUCUUAAUUUGUCCUAACAUUCACACUGUGGCUCCUAUGUGUGAGGCUGCAGCACGCAGACACAGGCAGAUGCACCAGGAGGGAGAGGAGAGAGAGAAGAGAGAGAGACAGAGUGAGGGAUUGCAGGGGGGGGAGAAAAAGAGAGCAGGAGAGAGGGAGCGAAGGAAGUGCUUGCAGUUCUGCUGAGAGGAACAGAGGAGUGAGGUUACAGCGAUUGAUUGAAUAAAUGCGGUAAAAUCUCUUCCGCUGGCUUGCCAAAAGACAGAGAGGGGGAGAGGCUUAUGAGAUUGAAGGUUAGGAUUGCUGCCGAGAAAGAGAGUGGCACAGAAUAGGAGAGAGAGAGAGAGAGAGAGACGGAGAGGAGAGGAGAGGAGAGGGUGAGUGAGACACUACGAGGGAGGGAAUGGGACCGUGGUGGAGAGAGACAUAAAGAGCUAGCCAGAGGACGGUAUGGAGAAGUAGCAGGCAGGGAGCAAAGAGCUGGGAUAUGCCAGAGAUCUGGGGCCAAGCAGGCGCGAGUGAAGCGAGUGCACUUCAUUAGUUUGAUGGGACGCUAGCUGACUGAUGGACACCUAGAGAGGUAACGCACUCACCUCACCUCAUUGGACGAGGAUGAUGGUCAAUGUCCAACCAAUGGGAUGCUGACCCUGAGCAGAUCUCCAGCAGGUGAUGGGUAACAGCUGUGAUAGAGAGGUGUCAGCGGAGCGCUCGCCCCGGCGCAGGAGCAUCUCCGGCCUCGGCAGCUCCGAGAAGAACAUCUCCAUGGAUGGACCCUCCUCCCCCUUCAAAGUGCCAGGCUUCUUCAGCAAACGCCUCAAAGGAUCCAUCAAGCGGACCAAGAGCCAGACCAAACUGGACCGGAACACCAGCUUCAGACUCCCCUCCCUGCGGCCCACAGACAACGACAGGUCACGGGGCCUACCCAAGCUGAAAGAAUCCAGCUCCCAUGAGUCCCUGCUGAGCCCAGGAAGUGCGGUGGAGGCCUUAGACCUCAGCAUGGAGGAAGACGUGUACAUCAAACCUUUGCACAGCAGCAUUCUGGGACAGGAGUUCUGCUUCGAGGUGACCUACUCGGGUGGGAGCAAGUGCUUCAGCUGUGCCUCAGCCUCAGAGAGGGACAAAUGGAUGGAGAACCUGAAGAGAACAGUGCAGCCCAACAAGGACAACUGUCGGCGGUCUGAGAACGUCCUCCGGCUGUGGAUCAUCGAGGCCAAGGACCUGCCGCCCAAGAAGAAGUACUUCUGCGAGCUGUGCCUGGACGACGUGCUCUACGCCCGCACCACCAGCAAGACCCGCGGCGACUGCCUGUUCUGGGGGGAGCACUUUGAGUUCUCCGGCCUGCCCUCCGUCAAGAGCAUCACUGUGCACAUCUACCGCGACGUGGACAAGAAGAAGAAGAAGGACAAGAACAACUACGUGGGCCUGGUCGUCAUCCCCGUGCUGGGCGUCAUGGGCAGGCAGUUCGUGGAGAAGUGGUACCCGGUCAGCACCCCCACCACCAGCAAAUCCAAAGGCGGAGGCCCCUCCAUCCGCAUCAAGUCCCGCUUCCAGACCAUCACCAUCUUGCCCAUGGAGCAGUACAAGGAGUUUGCCGAGUUUGUGACAAACAACUACACUAUGCUGUGCUCGGUCCUGGAGCCAGUCAUCAGUGUGAAGAACAAGGAGGAGAUGGCCAGCGCGCUGGUGCACAUACUACAGAGUACAGGAAAAGCAAAGGACUUCCUCACGGAUCUUGUGUUGUCCGAGGUGGACCGCUGUGCGGACCAUGACGUUCUGAUUUUCAGGGAAAACACACUGGCUACCAAAGCGAUUGAGGAGUACCUCAAACUAGUGGGCCAGAAGUAUCUGCACGAUGCACUCGGAGAGUUCAUCAGGGCUCUGUACGAAUCGGAUGAGAACUGUGAGGUGGAUCCUGGGAGGUGCACCGGCAGUGAGCUUCCGGAACACCAGAGUAACCUGAAGAUGUGCUGUGAACUCGCCUUCUGCAAGAUCAUCAACUCCUACUGUGUGUUCCCGCGCGAGCUGAAGGAGGUGUUCGCCUCGUGGAAGCAGCACUGCAUGUCCCGGGGGAAGCAGGACAUUAGCCAGCGGCUGAUCAGCGCCUCGCUCUUCCUGCGCUUCCUGUGCCCCGCCAUCAUGUCGCCCUCGCUCUUCAGUCUCAUGCAAGAGUACCCCGACGAGCGCACGUCACGCACGCUCACCCUCAUCGCCAAGGUCAUCCAGAACCUCGCCAACUUCGCCAAAUUUGGAAACAAGGAGGAGUACAUGGCCUUCAUGAACGAUUUCCUGGAACACGAGUGGGCAGGCAUGACGCGGUUCCUGCUGGAGAUCUCCAACCCAGAGACCAUCUCCAACACGCCAGGCUUCGAGGGCUACAUCGACCUGGGCCGCGAGCUGUCCGUGCUGCACUCCCUGCUCUGGGAGGUGGUGUCCCAGCUGGAUAAGGGUGAAAAUUCCUUCCUGCAGGCGACGGUGGCCAAACUGGGCCCCCUGCCCCGUAUCCUUGGCGACAUCGCCCGCUCGCUGUCCAGCCCCACCCCCCUCCAGCAGCAACUGCGCCGCUUCCAAGACCACAGCUCCGCCCACAACAUUAGUGGCAGCGUCUCGUCCGGACUGCAGAGGAUAUUCGAGGACCCGGCGGACAGUGAGGUCAGGAGCGUCAAGUCACCCGUGCAGGAGCACAUGGAGGCAGUGAAUCGGGGGAAGCACCCUCUGCUGGGACAGCAGUCCUCCACCCACAGCAUGAGCUUCUCCGACAAGGACGACCGCGAGCCGCACCUGCCCAAUGGACGCAGCAUCUCGCUCAUGGACCUCCAGGACACCUACCUGCUGCAGAGCGCCCAGGCCCACCUCCCCAUCCACGAGGCCCCGCCCCGGCUAGGCCGCGUGGGCUCCCAGGCCUCCAUCGGCCCCUCCCAUGCCCCUCCGCCGCCUCCCCACCACCUCCACCAACUCCAUCACCACCACCACCACCACCAGCCGCCGCCGCCGCCACAGACGCAGACGCAGCCGCAGCCGAUCGCCCCCCAACCUAAAGCCCUGCAGCAGCGGGACAACCUGCCCCAGAGCGCGCCACAGGUGCGGCGGCCCAUCCACCCCUCCCUCAGCCAGCAGCGCAGCCUGCAGCCGCUCUCCUUCCAGAACCCCGUGUACCACCUCAGCAACUUGCACGCCCACUCCACGCACUCCACCCAUUCCACACGCUCUGCCCAGUCCCUGCACCCGGACUCAAGCUCAGAGAACCUGAGCUCGGGCAGCUCACGCAGCGCCAGCCCCAGCACGGGCGCCCGCGGUGACACGCCCCGUGCCCGCGCGCCUUCCACCAGCAGCCUGGAGGAGGAGCUGCGCCGCAGUGUCCACGGCGACGAGUGUGCCCCGGUGGGGGCAGCCCGCUGGCACCCGCCCCUGUCCGACUCAUUGCCGGGCGCCCAGGCGGUGGCCGUGCCCAGGCAGAGCAGCGCGGGCACCGCCCACAUCGUGAAGGUGGAGCAGCAGUGUCGGGCGGCGGUGGCGGCGGCGGGAGGGAGCGGCGGGGUCCGCACGCCCAGGUCGCUGCCCCACAGCGCCUCACUGCGCAGCAGCAGCAGCGCUAACACGGAGCCCGUCCCCCAGAGCGGAGGCCGCUCCAGACAGCAGUCCACCUGCUCCAGGGAGAGCCCCGUGCCCCCCGUCAGAGGGGCCAGCAGACAGCAGGUUCAGUCCCCAGCAGAGCCAGUCACCAUGUCCCCCGUUGAGAGGACUGCGGCAUGGGUGCUGAACAACGGCCAGUAUGAGGACGAGCAGGAGGAGGGACAGAGCAGAGAGGACGGCAAACACAUUGAGAAGUACGAACAGGAGAUCGCCAAGCUGAAGGAGCGUCUGCGUGUGUCCAGCCGUCGUCUGGAAGAGUACGAGCGGCGCCUGCUGACCCAGGAACAGCAGAUGCAGAAGCUGCUGCUGGAGUACAAGACACGCCUGGAGGACAGCGAGGAGCGCCUGCGCAGACAGCAGGAGGAGAAGGACUGCCAGAUGAAGAGCAUCAUCUGCAGGUUGAUGGCUGUGGAAGAGGAGCUGAAGAGAGAUCAUGCAGAGAUGCAGGCUGUCAUUGAUGCAAAGCAGAAGAUCAUCGACGCACAGGAAAAGAGGAUCAGCUCCCUGGAUGCAGCUAACUCGCGGCUGAUGAGUGCGCUCACCCAGGUGAAGGAGCGCUACAGCAUGCACAACCUCCGCAACGGCCUGUCGCCCACCAACCCCACCAAGCUCUCCAUCACAGAGAACGGAGAGUUCAAGAACAGCAGCUGCUGAUUGGACGGGGUGGACUGUAGCCUGGCACUACAGAUGGGUGCUCUCAGGCAGAUUAGCUGUGCUAACUGGUCACGAUCGCAGACAGAUGAUAUUGAACUUACAAACAAAGCUUCUCUGACUACUAUAAACACACAUCUACAAGGAAUGUCCGGUCAUUCAUGUAAAUAACUUGUAUUAGUGUUGUACAGAAAUGAUACUGGAAAGGGCGAGUUGUUUUGGAUGUGUGUUUGGGGGGGUGAAUUAUCAUACUGAAUUUAGUGAAUUUGUUUUAUAAAUACUUCUAUCCCCAUAUGCAGGUUAAGUAUGCAUUUUAAAUGAGAAUUUAAAGUAUUGUCUAAUUAAAAUAUUAUAUAUUGAGGCGAUGUACAUAUAGAGGGAUUGUUUUAAAAAAUAUGAGGAAAAGCACAGAGAAUUGCUGUAGCUAUGAAGUGUUAUUGACCUAUAAUAGAAAUGGAAAAGAAUAAAAUUAUUCGAAAUAUUGAUGCACUCUGUUUUUUAACCCAGUUUUUCUAUGGUUUCUUUUUUAAGUGUUUUUCUUCUGUCUUUACAAUGGGCCAUUUUAUUUUAUUGACAGAUUUAUUUUAACUGAGUGGUCUAGAAGGGCCAUUACUCUGGUUUUGCCAAUGGAAUGGAUUUUCAAAGUUUGAUUUGGCUAGUUUUAGAACAAACCUGUUUACUACUUUAACAGCAUCUUAUCAGUGCAUAUUCUGAUACAAUUUGUAGCUCAUAUUUUCAUAAUACAUGCAAGUCUCUCUCUCACACACACACACACACACACAGACACACACAUACUCAGUGAAGUCAUUUACCUGCUUCAUUAUUUAUUUGUCCUCAGUACUGUUAAGCCAUGGAGAAUAUGUGUGAAGAUCACUGCCCCUCUGAUUAUGUUAACAUUAAUGUCAGAGACUACUGUUGUAAUGGCACUGUUAUUUUGUGUUUUCACUGUCCUGAUAUGAAGUCCAACCCCACUGAACACAUUUUUUAUAUAUAGCACAGAGACCUAUGCUUGAAUGUCACCAAGAUGACAACAGAUGGUCCAAACAUUGCAUAUUUGUAAGAAGUUUGAAAGUUGUUGGGAAUAAAGAUGGACUUUGGUCUCAUGAA